UUGCAGCAAAAUUUAUGGAAAAUUAAAAAACAAAACGGAAACACGGAUAGCUGUUUCAAGUGUCGAAACCCCAAAAAUCUUGGAGAGAUAAAUUAUUCUUAUUAUUAUUGCCGUAGCUGCUGCUCACAUUUAUGCCUGCCAUAUGCUUGUUUAUUUGUUUGUCUGCUCGUUGGGGAUUGCAUACUUUCAUUUUUUUUAUCGGCCACGCGGGGUCAACAACUGUGAAGGAGGAGAGCCUGCCAACAAGAGCUAAUUCUUCAGAAUUUUCGCGUUCUGAUGCACUUUUCCUUGUUGUCGUUGCACAUACUUUGCAUACAAUCGAGUUUCGACUUUUCUCGCCUCAAAUAUUUAUUUGCUCAGACAUUCGCAGUUUUCCAGAUUUUCGGUUUCGAUUCUGGUUGCUCUCUGCAGCCGAAAAUUUAUGGGACGACGAAUGCCAGAUUAUCUGAUGGGCGCCAAUGUAAAUGUGCCAUACGCGGCAGUUGGCUUCGAUUUACAUAUCGUUAAUAUUGCUUUUAAAAUCGAUGGAAUAUUGGAAUAUUUUUCUCGCAGCUACUUGGCAACAAACAAAGCACAAGCAAAUAACUCAGGGUCCGUAAUCGUAGAAAGGCGAAUUAUAUAUCAGAAUAUUUUCAGAUAGGUAAAUAAAUAUGUCUUAAAUUUGAAAAGGAUAGGUCUUUGUCGGAAAAGUAAAAUUUCUGGUUAGUCAUCCUACAAGAAUAUCAUAUAUACACAUAUUUUGGAGUGGAUUUAUUUUAGGGUACGCUUAAUUAUUGGGAAAAAUUACAUUAAUAUUUUCAGAAUUCUGGAUAUCACAAGGAAAAUUGAUGUCGUUAUAAAAACAACUUAAUAAGUAAAAUGCGUUUCCAUUUAAUAAAUUUCCAUUAAUUGCGCGUUUUACCAUGGUCCAAAUUGGGACAAGAAUGGAUUUUUAUUAAAUUCCCUUAAUUGUGUUGACAAUUUUUGUUGUACAUAUUACCACGCCAGCCUUUUCAGCUAUAAUUCAAGAACAUAAAAGUUUCCAAUUUCGUGCGGCUUAUCCAAAUAAUUCUUUAUUUAGUUUAUUAUUGCACGACCUUGCGUGCCCUUGAUUAAUGCUCGUGUCCCGCCCAAGUACUUUGAUCUGUUGAGCAUAAAGUGCUUUAUAUCUGCAGAUCUUUCCAUUUUCUAACUAUAUGUAGUCCCUCAAUACAAGUACAAUCAUUUUUCGAUGCCAUAACCAUCCGGUUCAUUUAUUUCUGUUGGCGCUUUUUCUACCUUUUUUCUGAGUAUUCCAAUGGCUUCCGUCCAGCAUGGGAUGUGGGCACGGGGAAUUGUUUAUAUCAGCGCAAUCAAAAUACAAAAAAUUCAACUAUUUUCCGACAAACAUUUGCACUGUUUAAGCAUAGAGAAUUCUUCUGUGUAUUUUCCAAGCCAAACCUGUACAGUUUAUAUAGUAUACUACAUAAUAUUAUACAUGUUUUUUUCUGGUCCCAGUUCAAUUUUAUCGAUUUUGAACGAUUUAUUGGUGAAAGAUUUUUGAAGCAACAUUUCUAGAAUGAGCGAUAUCGAGGCUAAAAUAGAGGUUUUGCAAAUUUUAAUGUGCGGUGACUUCAUCUCCAGAUGAGAUAUACCAAAUAGACUACCAACUUUAAAAUUUAUGAACCGAGUAAGGGUAUCAUUCAGUUGCGGCACUAGUUCUUUGCGUUGCUUUUUGCUUUUUUAUAGGGUAUUUAUUGGUUCCAUCUGGUCGUAAUUUUGUAUACAUUGGCUGUCACAUUUCCCUGUUUUUGUUCGCAUUGAAAAUUGAAAAGCAGAAUGAAGAGAAUAUAAAAAACGCCCCCAAAUAUGAAGCGUGUUCAAUGGGUGAAAUUCUUUGACACUGUUAAAACUAGUCUGAAACUCACUUAGUUCGCGUCAUGUGGUUGCAUUGCUUGAUCGGGAUAUUAUUCUGGCUCCAACCGGGAAAAGCUACCAAAUGGUAUGGCGGAGGCUUGGACUUCGGCCAUCCCUCUGCCUGGAUAGACGACCACCUGCCUUGUGCCCAGGAUGUAAUUGUUUUUCCGGAUUAUUAUCAAGCACUACUGCCUUUGCCCGAAGAUAUAUCUAUUGAUGGUUUUGUUUUCCCCAGAGAGGGGGCGAUUCUUUUGUCAGAGGAAUCUACCAUUACCUUUGGUGCCAAGAAGAAAUCGGUCUGUGAAAAUGAGGAUAAGAAAGCUUAUUUAAAGCCACCUAAAUCAAGGAAAUGGUUCGAUCCGGGCACCUGGACUGAUAAAUCUGAGAAUGUUUUAUCCACAUCACUACCAGAGCUUGAAAGGAUUCCCUGCGACGAUGAGCAGGUUAUAAUCAACGGCCACGGGCCAUUGGCCUUUGAUCUCGAAAAUGUGCAGCACCUGAGGAUGGGACAACUUAUCCUGGCUGGUUCUUCUAUUUCCAAUACCUAUUUGGAAGAACUUAUCAGCAGAGAUUUAGGACAAGUUCUCUUUCACAAUGCUCAGGAAGUCCAGGUGGAAUAUUACAGAGGAGAACUGUGUGGAUGCCACAAGGAGUCGGAUAAGUUGCUGGAACCCGUUUGUCAUAAUGUUCUGGAGCAGUGCGAGACUCCCCACUGUUUAUCCCCUAUUCGGCCCUUAGGUUCCUGUUGCUUCAUUUGCGGAGCAUUCUUAUCCACACCCACGACACACUGCAUUGAGAGCAGUAAAAGGGACAUUAUAAAUAAAUUAAAUGACCUCAUCAACCAGAAAAAUAUGAAGGACCAGAUACAGCUCCAUGUUGAUUUUGUGGACGUCCAGCUUGGACAUUUUAUUCAGGCUAUAGUGACCGAUCGGGUGGCAUAUAAGGAACAGAGCUUAGAAUUCUUUGAACAAGUUUUCGAUCAUUGGAAUAUAACGGGCUCUAAGUUUUGGGUUUCUGGGCCACCCCAUAAUCCGAAUGUGAGCAUCUCCUCGGUUAUUCUGAUUCUGAUCUGUAUGGCCCUCGUGGGAUUGGUUUCAGUGGUCAUUCUGUCUCACUUUCUGCCGGAAAACCCCUACCUAAAUCGAAUACCCCAGUGGAUUCAGGAUCCGAGACGCUGGAGGUGGAGUAACUUAGGGGUGAGAAUACGGCGAAAUUUGCUCUUUAAUCGUUUUGAUAACGUCGGAGCAGGAGGUGGAUCUAGUGACGGAGGCGCUUUCGGUGUGGAUCGUCUGGGAAUAAUGGCUUACGAUCCCGAAAGUGGGGAAGUAAGAGAACGAGCCUUCGACAAUCCCAUGUUCGAGCAGGGGGCAGCCAUUGAAGUGGCAGCCAAAGAAGCUCAGGCACAGGAAGAACUCUUGGUUGCCCCAAAAAUGGAGACGGGAGAUCUGGACGCCAGCAAUGUGAUUGAUGAACAGGAACUGACUGAAAUCAACUUGGAGGCCUGUGGACCCGAAACCGACGAGGAGACAAUUUAGAAGGAUUCUUCUCAACAAAACUAAAAAAAAAUUUUGUAAGAAAAUGUUUAAUGAAACAUAUUUAAGCUCAUAUCUCCUACAAUUAUUGAUUUCAACUAACUGAACAACGAAUAGAAUAUUUGGAGGCGGAUACCAUGAUAAUUUAAGACUCAAAUAAAUUACUAACACACAAUUGAUAAA